GUGUGUGAGGAGUGUGUGAGGAGUGUGUGCAGUUUAACCCUCCAGCAUGAUGAAGCAGCUUCCUCUUCUUCCUCUUCUUCCUCUUCUUCCUCUUCUUCUUCUCUUCAGUCUCCUGACUGGAAACUCGUCUGCCUGCACAAACGCUGACAGCAAAGUGAUCUCCACAGAAGGGACAGAUGUUAUUUUACCCUGCUCCCCCAGCACCAGAGAAAACCUCCAAAAUAAACUGUUUGACUGGAAGAAGGUCGGUCAGGGAGGAGAAACUCUGCACGAAGUCUUCAUGUACGAUUCUGCUGUUCAUUAUGAACGUCAUUCAGGUCAGAGUGAGCAGUUUAAAGGACGAGUCUCAUAUUUUCAAAAUGAACUGAAGCACGGAAACGCCUCCAUCUUCAUCAGGAAGACGAAGGUGAUCGACAGUGGAAGUUACACCUGCUAUUUUCCAAAGCUACAGCCUGAUGAAAAAUUCUGCAUUGAGCUCGUUGUUGAUCCUAUCUUAACUGUCAGAACCAUCCCAGGUGCAUCACCAAAGCCUCAUGUCAAAAUCAUUGCUGAAUCAAACUCCUGGGCGCGGCUGCAGUGUGAAGUUCAUGGAGCUCAUCCAGAACCUAAAGUGGAGUGGUGGGACGGUUCUGGAAACAUCCUUCCUGCUGAGGAGCCUCAGGUCUCAGAGAGAGGAGGCAGCUACGAUGUGAUCCUUCACACUACUGUGACCAAAACAGACAACUACAGCUGUGUAGCUUCACAGGAGGAGAUCAAGCAUCAGAUUUCUGCUGAGACCCUCGUGCAUAUCAGCGGUGCAGCUUCAAAACCCUCUGUCACAAUUAUUGAUCAAACAAAGGACUUCUCGCUACUACAGUGUGAAGUUAAUGGAGCUUUCCCUAAACCUCUCCUCCAGUGGACGGACAGUUCUGGAAACACUCUUAAUACUGAGGAGCCUCAGGUCUCAGAGAGAGGAGGCAGCUACGAUGUGAUCCUCAACAUUACUGUCACCAAAACUGACCGCUACCAGUGUGUAGCUUCACAGGAGGAGAUCAGGCAUCAGAGUAAACCUGCACACAUCUACGUGUCUCUCAGUGGGUCGAACACUGGAUGGAUUGUUCUUUCUGCAGUUCUCGGUGCUGGUUUUGUUGUAGUUCUCGUGGUUCUUGUUGGUGUAGUUGUUGUUCACACUCGGGUUGUAUCCAAGGAUCGCACCAAACUAAAUCAACUUAACGAAAAGAUAGAGAAGCUUGAAGAUGAACAGAGGAAGACUUCCUCCCAAGACACGCUUCCUGCAGAUUCUGUAGCUGAUCCUCCUGAGGAUAAAAUCCUACUGGAGUAUGAUCAGUGAGUCAGAUCAGUGAGUCAGAUCAGUGAGUCAGAAAGGUCACCGGGUUCACCUGUGCUGAGGUGUGUGUGUGUGUGUUCACACUGUGUGUUGUACACUGUACUGUGUGAUAUGUGAGGACAUGUUAUCUGCUCCUUAUUCAUUUCAGAGAGUUAAGAGCUGGUUAGGGUUCACAGGUCAAAUAUCAAACAUUUCAGUAGAAGAAAAGUUCAAGUAAGAGUAAAAUCAUGUAAUCCUGUAUAAAACUACAUUCUGAUCCUCAGCUGUGAAACACCUGCAUGCUGUCAGUUAGUCCUCAGCUUCUGUCCUUCAGAGAGUGAAGGAUGAAUGAGGGACGCAUUAACAGCUCCAUAUUUGUAGUCCUUUAACAGCUCCAUAGUUGUAGUCCUUUAACAGCUCCAUAGUUGUAGUUCUUUAACAGCUCCAUAGUUGUAGUCCUCUAACAGCUCCAUAGUUGUAGUCCUUUAACAGCUCCAUAGUUGUAGUUCUUUAACAGCUCCAUAGUUGUAGUUCUUUAACAGCUCCAUAGUUGUAGUCCUUUAACAGUUCCAUAGUUGUAGUUCUUUAACAGCUCCAUAGUUGUAGUCCUUUAACAGCUCCAUAGUUGUAGUCCUUUAACAGCUCCAUAGUUGUAGUCCUCUAACAGCUCCAUAGUUGUAGUCCUCUAACAGCUCCAUAGUUGUAGUCCUCUAACAGCUCCAUAGUUGUAGUCCUCUAACAGCUCCAUAGUUGUAGUCCUUUAACAGAUGCUCUCCUGCUGCUUGUAGUUCUUAAAGGAUGUAGAGGCGGCAUUCACAGAAACUCUCUCUGAUCUGAAGCUGCUGUAAAGAAAUGUUCUCUGAAGCUGGAAUAUAAUGUGACUUAUUUUAUAUUUUUGUAUUGACAUUAUUUGUUACGAGCUUGUUGUUUGUGAUGUUCUUAAAGUGCUAAUCCAAAGUAUAUCAGCUGAAUGAUGACCUGCUGUUACUGUGAUGCUUGAACUGUUUUUAGUAUAUCUAAAUAUGUG